AUGACAUCAGGCAACAAUAUUGAAAGUGAAUAUUUAGCUCUAAAUUCGAAAAAUGAGUGGCCGGUACUUUAUCAGAAAAUCCGUUCGGAAAGCAGCACGGACAGUUGUUCUGAAGCAAUAAAACCACAAAAUAAAAUUCUAAACCGAUACCGAGAUGUGAGUCCUUUUAAUCACAGCCGGGUGAUUUUGCAGCGCGGCUAUACCGACUAUAUAAACGCUAACCUGAUCAAAAUUGAAAAGGCUGACCGAAAGUACAUCCUAACGCAGGGACCCUUGUCCAACACAGUCAGCCAUUUUUGGCUGAUGGUGUGGGAACAAAACAGCAUAGCCAUACUGAUGCUGAACAAAUUGAUAGAAAAAAAGCAGGAAAAGUGUUUUCAGUAUUGGCCCUCGAAAAUCGGCUCCGACCACAUAAUGAACCUGACAGACGUGGGUCUCACCGUCGAGUACCUAGAACAGCAGGAUCAUUCGUAUUAUUUGACCAGGGAGCUGCGUUUGACCGACACGGAGACCGGCACGUCCAGGAAUAUAAUCCAGUUUCACUAUAUCACGUGGCCCGAUUUCGGCGUGCCCAGCUCGCCCACUGCCUUCCUCGAGUUCCUUAGAAGGGUGCGAAAAGCAGGCGUCUUGGAAUCUUCGGUCGGCCCAGCUAUCGUACACUGUUCAGCUGGAAUCGGCCGAUCUGGAACCUUCUGUAUUGUCGAUUCCUGUUUAGUCCUUAUCGAGAAAUUUGGCCUAAACUCAGUUGAUGUAAAGGAAAUCCUAUUAGAAAUGAGGAAAUAUAGAAUGGGCCUUAUACAAACACCAGAACAGCUUAGAUUUUCAUAUCAAGCAAUUAUUGAGGGUGCUAAACAAUUACUAAAUCCAAAUGCAGCAGAGGAAAAUUACGUAGAUGAAAUUGAACAGAACAACAGUGAUAGCCCCAUUGAAGAGAACGAUUCCAGUCAGGACGAUGAUGAACCACCCCCUUUACCUCCGCCCAGAAACGAAAGUCUCAAAACCAACGGUUGUCACACCUACGACAACGGACCGUGUGGGCCUCUUCCAACUAUACCCAACAGUGAAUCAUGUGACAAUAUUGAGUAUCAACUUAAUGGAAAAGAUAAGUACAACUCACAAAGUGAUCCAUUGUCGGAUGUGGCUAGUGGUGAAGAAGAAAUGAGCAGUGAAGACGAACUUAUUGAGGAAAAUGACCUCAGAUCAGAAAGUCCUGGUUCGGAAAAGUUAAACGAUUCCAAUUACAGUAACAGUAUUUCACCGACGGAGUUGAGGCAUCGGAAUCGCGUGGAACGAAAAGAGCAAACCGAGACGCAACUGCGCGACAUGAAGCGCCGACAGCAGAUAAACGAACAAUGGACGCAAUUGAAGAGGUCAUUAUUUAUACCGUUUGUUAUAGGAGGUUCACUGAUUUUGGGUGGAGGCCUCAUUGCUUAUUUUUAUUUCAAAGAUUAA